AUGAAUAUAGAAGUUGAGAAAGUUAUUCUAGAUAAGGCUCCUCAUAAUGCUCAGUAUAUUGCCCAUGAUAUACAAAAACAGAUCUUGCAUAUUUUUGCUACCAAGGUGAAGAAGAAAAUUUGUACCAAACUUGGGAAGAACAAAUAUUGUAUUCUUGUUGAUGAAUCACUUGAUGAAUCAGGUAAGGAAGAAAUGGCUAUUAUUCUAAGAUUUGUUGAUUGUGAUGGAUUUAUUCGUGAAGGCUUUUUCGAUAUUGUGAGUGUCGUAGACACUAAUGCCUUGACUCUUAAACAAGAUAUAUGCAAAGUGCUUGAUCAUAACGGCAUUCUAGUGAAAAACAUGUGUGGCCAAGGGUAUGAUUGUGCUAAUAAUAUGCGUGGUUCAUGGAAUGGAUUACAAGCAUUGUUUCUUCAAGAUUGUCCAUAUGCAUAUUAUGUACAUCGUUUUGCUCAUCGCUUGCAAUUAGCAUUAAAUGGUGCAGCUAAAGAUGUGAAGUUCCAAGAUAUGAGGGCACAUGGCUGGGAUGAUUUAUUCAUGAAUGUGGUAUCAUUUUGUGAACAACAUGGUAUUGAUGUUCCUGAUAUGAGUUCUCGUUAUAUGAUGGGCACACGUCGUUCUUGUCAACAAAAAGAUUUUAUUACAGUUGAACAUUACUAUCGCAAUGAUGUAUUUAAUGAUGUGAUAGAUUGCAUGUUGAGGGAGUUAAAUGACAGAUUUCCAGAGCAAACAGUUGAACUUCUUAUUCUUAGCUCAGCAUUGGAUCCUCGUAAUUCCUUCAAAUCAUUCAAUAUUGGGCAUCUAUGUAAACUUGCUGAGAAAUUCUAUCAUGCUGAUUUCAGUCCAAGUGACUUAAAAGCUUUGGAAAUUGAGUUUAGGUAUUUUCAAAAUGAUAUGCAUCGCCUUCCCUGCUUUAAGGAUCUUACCACUCUUCCUCAGUUAUGUCAACAAUUGGUGGAAACAACUUUGGCAGAAAACUACCAUUUGCUUUAUAGGUUGAUUCAGUUGGUGUUGACUCUUCCUGUUUCUACAGCAACAACGGAACGAUCUUUUUCAUGUAUGAGAAUUAUUAAGAAUAGACUUCGGAGCACCAUAGUUGAUGAAUUCCUUGCUGAUUGCAUGAUUCUCCACAUUGAAAGAGAGUUUGUUAAUAAUAUCGAUAAUGAAGAGAUAAUUGAGGAAUUUAAGAUUUCUGAGCCUCGUAAGGUACAGUUUUAG